GUGAGAGUUGAAGAUCGACUGUCUGUGACAAUGGAGACACGAAGGAUCCUCAUGAGGAGUUUGGCUGUUGCGGUGGUCAUCGCAUCUGUGAUCUGGACUACAACAGAAGCAGAGAAGGUGAACUCAUGCUGUACUAAAGUCUCCACAGCAGAGUUUACCGAUCCCAUCAUCAGUUUCAGGUUUCAGCUUGAAAGUCUUCCAUGUGUGAAGGCCGUCAUCUUUGAGACGGAGCGGGGAAAUAAACAGGGAAUUUAUUUCUGCAGUGAUCCUAAACAACGAUGGGUGCGGGAGAAAGUUAAGCAGUUUUUCAGAGCUCAAAGAAACAAAGGCCUGACUUCCACACCACCCCCAACAUCAUCUAUUAGUGAGCAAACUCAUGCAGGAGGAUCUACACAAGCAACUAACAGCUCAUCAGUCACGAAUCAAUCCAACUAUCGUCGUCCCACUCGAGUUGGAGUGAGCUGUUGUAAGGAGGUGUCAAAAGGAAGAAUCCCUGCUGCAAUUAAACUGGUUGGAUACAAGCAUCAGAAUGCCCUGAGUCCAUGUGUGGAUGCGAUAAUAUUCUACACAGAGAAGGAAAAGUUCUGCUCUGAUCCAGAUGCGCUCUGGAUUAAAAACCGUCUGAAAGAAGUGAGAGUUGAAGAUCGACUGUCUGUGACAAUGGAGACACGAAGGAUCCUCAUGAGGAGUUUGGCUGUUGCGGUGGUCAUCGCAUCUGUGAUCUGCACUACAACAGCGGAAGAUAUCAAGGUGGUGAACUCAUGCUGUACUAAAGUCUCAGCUGCAGUGGUGACUGAUCCCAUCAUCAGUUUCAGGUUUCAGCGUGAAAGUCUUCCAUGUGUGAAGGCCGUCAUCUUUGAGACGGAGCGGGGAGAGUUCUGCUGUGAUCCUAAACAACGAUGGGUGCGGGAGAAAGUGAAGCAGUUUCUGUAA